GGCCUGUGGUGAGCGCGGGGCCGGCCGCAGGGGGCGGGCUGGAGCCUGGAGAAGCGCCUCCCUCCAGGUGCUGGGGGCCGGAGUCCGGAGAGAGACGCGGCGCGGCUGCUGCGGGAGGCUGGUCCCGGGAGGAAAUCAUUGUAAGCUUGGUGUCUUGGAAAUAUGGAAUCAAUCUCUAUGAUGGGAAGUCCUAAGAACCUCAAUGAAACCUUCUUACCAAAUGGUAUUAAUGGUAUCAAGGAUGCCAGUAAGAUCACAAUAGGCAUAUUUGGAAGUGGAGACUUUGCCAAGUCCCUGACCAUUAGGCUUAUAAAAUGUGGAUACCAUGUGGUCGUAGGAAGCAGAAACCCUAAAUUUGCUGCUGAGUUCUUCCCACAUGUGGUUGAUGUUACUCACCAUGAAGAUGCUGUAGCAAAAACUAACAUCAUUUUUGUUGCUAUACACAGAGAACAUUAUGCCUCUUUGUGGGACCUCAAGCAUUUACUUAUAGGUAAAAUCCUUGUAGAUGUUAGCAACAAUAUGAGGGUGAAUCAGUAUCCAGAAUCCAACGCAGAAUAUUUGGCCUCCCUGUUCCCAGAUUCGCUGAUUGUCAAAGGAUUUAAUGUCGUCUCAGCCUGGGCACUUCAGUUAGGACCAAAGGAUGCCAGCAGACAGGUCUUUAUAUGCAGUAACAAUGUUCAAGCUCGCCAUCAAGUUAUCGAACUUGCCCGACAGCUGAAUUUUAUUCCCAUUGAUUUGGGGGCAUUGUCUUCUGCAAGGGAGAUUGAAAACUUACCUCUGCGGCUGUUCACAUUGUGGAAAGGGCCGGUAGUGGUGGCUGUUAGUUUGGCCACUUUUUUCUUCAUCUAUUCUUUCAUCAGAGAUAUAAUACAUCCAUAUGUGAGAAAUCAGCAGAGCGACUUUUACAAGAUUCCCAUUGAGAUUGUGAACAAGACUUUACCAGUUGUUGCUAUUACUUUGUUGUCUCUGGUGUAUUUAUCAGGACUCCUGGCAGCUGCUUAUCAGCUUUAUUACGGCACUAAGUAUAGGCGACUUCCUCCCUGGCUGGAGAGUUGGUUGCAAUGUAGGAAACAGCUGGGACUACUCAGUUUUUUCUUUGCUACCAUACACGUGGCUUAUAGUCUCUGCUUACCUAUGAGGAGGUCUGAACGAUACUUGUUUCUUAAUAUGGCUUAUCAGCAGGUUCAUGCAAAUGUGGAAAAUUCUUGGAAUGAGGAAGAAGUAUGGCGAAUUGAAAUGUAUAUCUCCUUUGGAAUAAUGAGUCUCGGCUUGCUUUCUUUGUUGGCAGUUACUUCCAUCCCUUCAGUAAACAGUGCCUUAAACUGGAGGGAAUUCAGUUUUAUUCAGUCUACACUGGGAUAUGUCGCUCUGCUCAUAAGUACUUUCCAUGUGUUAAUUUAUGGGUGGAAAAGAGCCUUUGAAGAAGAAUACUACAGGUUUUAUACACCACCAAACUUUGUUCUUGCCCUUGUUUUGCCUUCUGUUGUAAUUGUAGGUAAGAUCAUUUUACUCUUUCCAUGUAUAAGCAGGAAACUGAGAAGAAUCAGAAGAGGCUGGGAAAAAAGCCAAGUUAUGGAAGAAAGAGGUGGGACUGUUCCACAUCUCUCACCAGAAAGGAUUACGGUGAUGUGAUGGUAGAAUAGUGUCCAUUAGCACUACGGUUGUCACUGGUCUUUUUGUUUUAAAACUUGUGUUUUUAGGAGUUAUAUAACUCACGUGUGAAAGUUGCUAUGGACUUGCUUGGCAUAUGGUACAAGCUCUCAGCCAAGGAAUGAGCAAUUUAUGUUUCUUCAGAAAUUUAAAAAAAAAAUCACUUCAAUUUUAAGUUACAAGAGAGCAAACAAUGUGAAAUCAGGAUUUUUUAAAUG